CUUUAAAAAACUAAAUGCAAUUUCUUUUAGUGUCAGAGUAAGAUUUAAUUUAGACGUCAGUGGUGAUUUGACUAAUAGAUAUUUACCAAAACCGUAAAGACAACUGCUUAUAAAUUUCAUGCAUCUAAUUGGGAAUACCAAACGUUGACGCAGACUUUGAAAAUGGAAAGCCAAAGUGUUCCUAGACCUCAGGCGAUUCAGACCCACCUUUUACACAAGGGGUCAAGGUUACCCAAACCCAAGCUCUCGUCACCCCCCACUUCACCCACUGCCCCACAUAACCCCAACUUACCCACCAAUUCAACUCUAGCCACCCCAUCUCAAGUUCAAAACCGCGCAUGGACCUCAUUUGAUGACAGUCCUGUGCACUUAAAUUCAGCUGGAAAUAAUUUUGCAAGUCCAUCUCCCUGGAGCAGUGGACCUGGAAACGAUAAAUGGGCGUCUUUUCCAAACCGGAAGUCCGAAGAUCAAAAAGACUCCAACUCUACUCCUGUUUCCUCCAAUUUAAAGAGGACUUCAGAUCAUACACACCCCUCUCAAAACCCCAACACCCCAGUCCAAGGAGUCCCUUUGACACACCCCCUUGCGUCAAACACCCCAUUAAAGCCCCACGCAAGGACCCCUAACCAGCCGGGGUACUCUGUUGAGACCCCUACCCAAAUAAGGCAUCGAAACCCCUCAAAAGAAGACAUUAUUGGCCACAAACAGGCGCUAGAUGGCAGUAAUGAGUUUACAGACCCGUGGUGUAUUACAGACGAACAAAGAGAGUAUUAUAUGAAACAGUUUUCAACAAUGCAGCCCGAUUUGAAAGGAAAAAUUGACGGUCAAACUGCAAGGAAUUUUUUCACCAAGUCCAAACUACCAAUAUUAGAACUCUCCCAUAUAUGGGAGUUAUCAGACAUGGAUCAAGAUGGUAGUCUUACCAUAGACGAGUUUUGCACUGCAUUUCAUCUCGUUGUAGCUCGUAAAAAUGGAUACGACCUACCAAUUAAACUUCCUCAAGCUUUAGUUCCUACGUUAAUUGAUCUCGGUGUAGGGGAAGUACCCACUAAAGCAGACCCGUUUCAACCUGACGAAGAAAUAUCUUCCCAUCCUAUUGCUUCUAAUAAUACAGCGUCUGCUGACCAAUGGGAGACCUUCAGUGAUCGAACAAACAGUUCGACGACACUCGCUAAUUUUGACCAAUCAAAUCAUUCAAUUGAGGAAAAUUUACCCCACCCUGUAGCGGUACAUAUGACCCCGUCUCGUCACCCCGAGUUAUGGAAGCGGGUUAGCAACGACGCUGAAAAGUCCUCCGGGGCGACUCCUAGUGGUGAAACGCACGAUGAAGAGAGUACGACGUCGUCCCCGCAAGUGAGGACGAAAAAACGGCUUGUGACGAACCCGUAUGGGUCUUUACGGAACGAGUUGUCUGAUGUAGAUAGUAGUUGUGAAGGUAAAAAAUUAUCAGCAAGUAACUCAACUGACUCAAAAGAAUCGAGAAAUAAUGAACUGGAAGAAAAAACAUUUCGUAAAAAUAAAAAAGGACGAUCUUUGUCUACAUCAUCAGUGACAUCAUCAUCGUCCUCGGUUGCCACGAGCGAUCGAUCUUCCGCAGAUGAAGAUGAUGUUGAAGAUCGGUCCGAUCCCGAGCAUUCUGAUUGGUCGUCACGACCCCUACGUCCAAGAUCCGGUUCAAGUUCAUCCAUGGAAAGUGGGUCAGUCCCCACUAUAACCCCACUACCCCCUCCUGCCCCCACACCCCCACCCAGACCCCUUGUUCACCCCAAAUCUUCACCCAAACUUAAAAGAGAAUCAAAAUCAAACUCGUUGGAGAGAAAUGAGAAUUUUCCAACGAAAGAUGUUGAAAAUAGAGUAGAUGGACCAACGCCCCCGCCACGCCCCCAAACUGUACCAGUUACAGAGCCACAGGAGUCUUUCGCUGACUUUAGUAACUUUAACCAGCCACACGAGGAGCCAGAACCUAUCGAAAAAUCGGAUGACGAAAAAAAAAUUGAGAAAAAAUUAGAAAAAAAAGUUGAGAAAAAAGUGGAAAAAAUUGUGAAACCGGUUCCUGCUCCAAGACCUAACAAAGAAUCUGCGAAGAUCGAAGAAGAAAUUGAAAACAAGGAUAUUGAAGAAGAAAAAUCAACGCAUAAUAAAAAGGCCCCCACAAAACCCCCACGUUCUCGUAUAAUGAGCUCGGACGUAUGUAAACCUGAACCCAUAUUGUCAACUCUUCCAAUUUCGAGUAAAGACCCAAAACAUAAACCCCAACCUAAGCAAGAAUUAUCUCGCAAUAAAAGCAGUCUACAGACGUCAAUACGAGAACUAAAAGUCCGAAACACGCAACUUACGAGGCUAAACGCGGAUCUACAACAGCAGCUUAAAGACGUAAUGGAGUCCAGAAUUACUGUAGAAAUGAACAUACACCAAAUGCGACCGUUUACGCAAUAAAACCCAAUUUAGAAACCCUUUUUACCCCCAAAAUAUCCCCCAAAACCAUAUCCAAAAUAGCUUACAUACAUUUACAGCCAUUUAGACUACGCAAAUUUUAUGGAUAAUUAUAAGCACUUAAAACUGGGGUUGCUUUGCACUUAGGCUUCUAGCUCCAGUGAUGACCAAAUCUAAUUUCGACUUCUACUUUCUAUGGUAACAUAUAGUUGCGAAAAAAAAUUGGUCAUCACUUUUUGCUAAUCUGGUGAAAUUUUUUUAUAAUUCAAUGAAAAUGGUUAAUUUAUUAAUAAGGUAUUUUUUAAAAUUCCUUUUUUUUUGCGAAAAAUUUGUCAAACUCUAUUUCAAUGCUGGUACUUGCUUUAACUUUUACAUUUUUGGUAAAAAAUAUCUAAACGCCAGUGUUUUUUUAGUCAAAAACUAAUUUCUUGCCUCGUCGGUACAAUUAUUCCUGUGUGCUCCAAAAAUAUUCAUGUUUUUUGGCUAUUUAUUAACGUUUAAUAGGCAAACUCAUUUCUUAAGGCAUAUAUAUAUAUUAUAUAUGUGCCCAUUCAAAGAAAAAUGGCUGAAUUAUAGUUUUUUUCUCAAUGUUUGCCAACGCAAGAGUGCCUUGCGUAUUUUUACCUUUCCAGCGAAAAAAACAACAAAUCGUUGGUACCAGUAAUUUUGUACUUUCGCGAAAAUUUAUUUUGCUUUACAGUUUCGCAGCUUUUCUCGUUAGGUGUUAUGUUAUGCCGCUCAUAAGCGACUGUCAUGCAUACAUUUUGCUUCUAGAAUUCAAUACGGGGCGCUAUUUUCCUGCCGGCGGAACAUGUAGAUAUGUGGUAACAUGGAACAGCAUGGUGGGCAUAUUCACCGUAAUAUAUUUUUAUCACAAACA